AUGAACACCUCCGACAUCCCCUUGCUCACUGUCGUUCCAUUGACACAAGAGCACGAGUAUGCAAUGUACAACAGCCACAGUAAGUUGAUAGGUUAUUGUAUCCUGUGCAAUGCUGUUUGUUUUCAGCACUCAUCAGAAUCAUCGAUGUUCCGAGAAUCGUUUUCAAUCACCGUAAGAGCUGACUGAGCACGGUCACCUAACUGAAACUCUCGGUUUUCAGUUCCGACCACAUUUGAUUCGUGGCUGAGAGACAUUGAGUUCUGUGCACGGGCAACAGUGAGAACGCUGGAAAAGCCAUAUCCGGACAUUGUUCGGUUCGAAAUCUGUGGAUCAGUGGUGAGUCGGAAUUUUCAGAAAACAUACCUGAUUAUGCCGUUUAUAGGAUCAAAUCGAGCCUGUUUUCUACGGAGUCCGGCGGAUUGCUCAUCACAUCACCAGCGUCUUGUUUCCAACGUACAUUGCGCCACCUGAAAACAAUCCAACUUUUCCAAAUGUAAACCAGAGAAAGGCAUAGAAGCAUGUGAACCAAUUUUGCUUUUUUUUUAGGUACCUGAUAUCCAGUCUCUGAUCAUCGAUAGCUGUGUAAUUAAACGUAUCGAAGAUUGCGUUAUCCGGCGGCGAAUAUGUGAGCAACUUCUUCUCUAGCCUUGAAAAAUAGAUUUUGUCGUUUCAGACAACUACUACGAGCCGGGCACUGCCGAUUACACUCAUUUCUCGUCUACAUUCGUCCGCUAUUUUGAUAUCUACAAGCGUAUGAUCACAGUCCUCCAGAAGAUCCAACCAGAAGGCGAUAAGACCUGGAUGAACACGAUUAUGCGCUGUCUGGAGGGUCUCCACAAAGACCUGGCAAAUAGAGUGUCAACCGGAAAGACCCUGGUCUGUGAGACCUCCACCAGCCGGCUUCUGACUGUCAUCAUCAAUGCCGAGCAGUUCGUUCCGAAAUUUGAGAACAGCUAUAGCUACCUUCUUGCUCACGAAGUGAAUGUGAUGAAGAAGAAGGAGUCGCUAACAGCGAUUCAAGCCAAUCACUCUGCGGCGCCAACGGAUAUCGCCACCGCUCAAUCCUCGUUCGAAGCAGCUACGGCACAACUGGUUCGCGCCAAAGAAGAGCACGAACCAUACGAUACCUCGUUCUUCACGACCAUCCGUUCGCUGAUCUUUCUGUUGGUACCACCGUACUACACUGCCAAUUGA